UUUUACAAGGUAUAUUACUGAGGGUUGGGUGGACUUUGAGCGUUCAAAGCACUAUCUGUGCCUCCCAGUCUCCUGACAGACCCCAGCUGAGGUAUAAAAGUCCCAAGCUCUAGCAGAAGAAUCAGUCUCGACCGAGUACUCGCUCUAACUAAGGGAGAGAGCUUCACCGAACCCAUCAUGGGGGAUACAAAGCUCUGCCUAUUGCUGAUCCUCAGCACAGCUGCCUUGGCUUUUGCCCAAGAAGAAGACCAACCUACCUGCCUAUUGGACCAAAGGUACAAGACCCUCCACACGUAUGAAUACCGAUAUGAAGCUGAAUCUUUGAAUGCCAUCAACGGAGCCUCACAGCUCAGGAAUGGACCUAAGGGCUCAUGCACGGUUUCAGUUGAAGUACCCCAGUCUUGCAGUUACAUCGUCCGCACCACUGGCUGUAGCCUGAGUGAGGUGGUCGAUAUGGACACAGAGGGCAACCCUGUGUUCGCUCCUGCAGCCACUUCUGAUGCCUUUGCUGCUGAAAUGGAGAAAUAUCCUCUGAAGGUUGUGGUUGAGGGAGUUUACGAUGUCAAACUGUACCCCGAGGAAGGGGAGACAAUUACCAUCCUGAACAUCAAAAGGGGAAUCAUUUCUGCCCUGGCUGUGCCUCUGCUGGAAGAAGACAAGAACAAGAACAUGCCCACCAUUCAUGGCAAGUGCAAGACCCAAUCCACAGUCAACGCAAGAGAGGACAUCGCAACUGACAUCAGCCUCAACAGGGACCUGUCCAGAUGUGACAAAUUUGUCCCACUGAGAGACCACACCAGCCCACUGGCACUUAUCUCUGGCAUGCACUAUCCUCUUGCCCAGCUGGUCAGAAGCUCACAGGCCUGCAACUACAAGUUUGACAAUGCGGACAAACACAUGACCUCUGGCUCAUGCAUUGAAAACCACAUCCUCAUUCCCUUCUCUCACAAUGGAGAACAUGGAAUUACCAACGUUGGAAAGCAAGAAUUGACUCUGGUGCAGGUCUCUCCUAGCAAUGAAAGAGUCUUUGACCACAGUGGUAUUGUGAAGGGUCUUCACAUGGACGCUGUUGAGGACAAGAGUGCUAUCCAGGAUAAAGAUGCAGGUCUGAACCUCCUGAGAGAACUGGCCUCUCUGCCCGAGACUGAAGGUGAAAAGAGGGCCCACCUCUUCCACGUGCUUGUCAGUAUGGUCCGUGGAAUGAAGACCGAGACCCUGAGUCCUGCCAUUCCAGAGGCUCUUGAAGUGUCGAGUGCCCUGACCUACCAGGUUUUGACCCAGUGUGGAACCCCUGAGUGCAGCAGUGCCAUCAUGCAGAUCUUCAGGACCUUUGACACUUCCUCACUCGAGGUUGAUGCCGGUGUUUUUGCUAUGGGACUGGUGUCCAAUCCCUCUGCCCUCCUGAUCAAUGACAUGCUCGAGAUGGCCAAAUACAAGCCCAGCAAGCCCAUCAUGUAUGCCCUGAGCAAUGUUGUAAAGAGGUUUUACAAAGCUGAAGGCAAACUAAUCCCUGAGAUUUUCGCUGUUGCUGAGUUCAUGGGUUCCCAGUUGGGUGACUGUUCUGGUGACAAGGACAACACUUUCAUGACAUUGAGAGUUAUUGGAAACAUGGCAGCAGCUAUGGGAGCUGCUGGUCCUGCACUCAGAUCUGCUGUGAUCCAGUGUGUGAACCAACCUGCUGCUUCCAUCGCUGUGCAGCAGGCUGCCAUCCAGGCCUUCAGACUGACUCCCGUCCCAGAGGAGGGCAGAGAGAUUCUCAUGCAAGUGCUUUUGGACGGCGCAAGCCCAAUGCAAAAGCGUGUUGCUGCAUAUCUGGUACUCAUGAAAGACCCCCAGCCCACUGAACUGGCCCAGCUGGCUGAUGCCCUGCCCAUUGAGCAGGACCAACAAGUCAAGAGCUUUGUGAUCUCCCACAUUACCAACAUUUUGUCCUCAACUGAGCCAGCAACCCAAGAACUGAGACAGAAGAUCCUUGAUGCACUUCAGGGCAAUGAGGUUGGGGCAUCUAUGGACCCCACCAAGUUCUCUCGCAACUACAAGAUUGGAUCUGUGGAAGGCAACAUGUUCUUUGAGGGUAGCAGCUACUUGCCCAAGGAGGUCAUGCUUGAAAUGACUCUGAAGGCAUUCGGCUAUGACAUCGACAUGAUGGAGGUUGGUAUGGAGGGCAAUGGCUUUGAGCCAACUGUGGAAGCCCUGUUUGGAAAGAAUGGAUUCUUCCCCGACACUGCCCUGGAGACAAUGUACUUUGUCUCUGAAAACAUGCCACUCAGAAUCAAUGAGAUCUUGCAGAACAUGCUCCCUGCUCUGAAGAAGGACAGGAAGAAGAGACAGGCAUCACAGAACCUGAUGAGGGAGAUUGGACGCAACCUCAACAAACUCGUAAAUGAAAUGAAGACAGCACAGUCUCCCGAGGCGAUGGUUUACCUGAGGCUGUUGGGUAAUGAGCUGGGAUAUCUGAAGACCAAUGAAAUGGAGGAGCUGGCCUACUCUGCUGCCAUGAUGGUUGACAGCAUGUUCAAAAUGUUCCCAACUGAUAUCAUGAAGGCACUGAUGACCAAGGCUGAUAACACAAUCUUUGCCCACUACAUCUUCAUGGAUAAUGUAUUCUUCCUGCCGACUGCCACUGGUGUGCCCCUGAGGAUUACAAUGUCUGGAACUUUCACGCCUGGCAUCAAGGGUGGUCUUCAGAUGGCCCGUGACAUGAGCGAAGUGACCUUUAUGCCCUCUGCCGGCAUUGAGUUUGUAUCAGAGAUUGGCUCCCACAUCCCUGAAUAUAUCAACUCUGGUUUAGAGAUGCAUACCAACAUUUUCCACGAAAGUGGGCUUAGUGCAAAGAUCUCCAUGGAAAGUGACAAUGUGAAGCUGACCAUCCCUGCUCCAACACGUCCUACAAAGCUCAUCAAAAUGACAAACACCUUGGUGGCAGUGACUGGAUCAGAGGUGAAGACCAUCCCCCCUAUGGUGAUGGACAAGGUUGAUGUUAGCGAGUGCUCUCCCUUCUUUGCUGGAAUGAAAUACUGCACUGAUCUUCAGUACACCGAUGCUUUCUCUCACGAGACAGCCCCCUUCUUCCCCAUCACAGGAGACAGCAAAUUUGCUGUGGAGCUCCACCCCACUGGUGAAGUCACUGAGUACACAGCCACCAUUGCCUACGAGCUUCUGAGAGAGGGAGAAGAGGGACGGCAGAAGGUUGACUCUGUGAAGUUUGUUCUGAGGGCUGAAGGUGCAGAGCACACUGAAGCCAGAGCGAUCAUGAAAUAUAACAGGAGAAAGAAUGUCAUCACAGCUGACAUCCAGAUCCCAGACUACGAUGUGGAGGCUGGACUCAGGCUGGGUGUUGUCGAUGGAAACACCAAGGGCAAAGGAACUCACUCCAUUUCUCUUGACCUCAUAAACAAGCACAUCCCUCAGCUCUCUCUGGUUGGCCGUGCCAAUUUGAAAGAGAUGAAGGAGGCUAUGCUGCAAGUCCAACUUCUUGUCCCCUCAAUCAAUGCUGAUGCCACUUUCACAGCUAACAUGAAACGUGAUGAGGAAUUGGAGUUGGAACUUAAAAGUGAAAUCAAGGUUAUGGCUGCCACAUCUGAGCAGAAUAUCGCAAUGAAAUAUGAUGCCAGCAAGUUUGAGGUUGAGUUCAAGUCCGAUGUGAACACUGAGACAACCAGCUUGCCAAUUGCUGAUAUGGUAGAUAUGUAUGGCAACCAACUUCUUGACAUACAGGUGGGGCAGACAGAAAUGAAAGUCCGUCAGAUCUUCAAUAAAUUUGCAGAGGAAACAAACAACUACAUGGAAAAGCAUGGUGAUGAAUUCCAUUACAUUAAGGACUUCAGAGUGCCUGAUAUGCCUGAGAUUUCCCUGCCAGAGACACUGUUCCUCAAGACCGAGGGAAAGGCUGUCUACCACUUCAACAAUGAGCACUUCAGCAUUGCUAUCCCUCUCCCUCUUGGAGGAAAGUCAACAGAAGAACUUCACUUCCCACCAGCCUUGACCACACCGAGCGUGUCACUACCCCAGUUUGGACUGGAGAUUGUCUCCAUGGAAAUUCCCAUCCCAGAGCUUGUUGUUCCUGAGAGCCUUACUCUGUCCAUUCCUCUUUUUGGCAAAGCUGAGAUUUCAACUUUGAUGAAAAGCAACCUAUAUGAAAUGGAGGCCUCAAUGGCUGCAGGCAAAGAUAUUGUUGAUACACCAAGCUACUCUGCUAAGUUUGAUGUGAGAGGAACCUCCCCAGUUGACAUCCUCUCAUUUACGAUGACAGGCUCUGGAGUGUUGGCCACUACUGAUUCCAUCAAGGCCCAUUUGGAAAGCUCUUUGGCUCAUAAAUUCCUUGAAGCCACUGUUGUUAUCACUGAAGAAGCAACCUUCACAGACAAACUUAACCUGAAAUCAAGCAGCAAGAUUGAAGCCAAAAGCCCACUUGGUGUUCAUUUCAUCCUAGGCCACGAUGGCACAACAGAAAUGAACGCUGAAGAAAUCUCUGCCCAUAGCGACUUUAAGGGAGACUUCACUGCUGGACCAAUGUAUGGCAAGACCAUUUCAACCCAGUCAUUUGCCAUCUUCCCAUUCAGGCAUGAAGCAAAGAUCGAUUCUACGGUUCAGCUUGACUCCACACUUGUCAAGGCCCAGAAUACAAUUGCAGCAACGCUUGCCAAUGGUGAACUCUCAGUUGUGUCUAACACCAAUGCCUUUGAAGACCACUUGACCCAUGUUGCUGAGCUUUCCUUCAAAGACAGCAAGCUGUCACUGAAAUGUGAUGCAAAUGCUGUUGUUCUUGGCAUGAAGAUCCACAACCAAGCUGAAGCCUCUGCUGGUGCUGGUGAAGUUAUAAUGAGAAUGGAGACAAAUGGUGACCACACUGAAAACCGUGUUUACUCCCUGCUGACUGCCUCCCUUGAUGUCAAUGGUCUGGCUGUGAAUAGCGAUGCCACCAUAAAGCUCCUUGAGAAUGAGGCUACCCAUAAGGCUACUCUUAAAAUGAACAAGGAUGGUUUGACCACAAGUGGAACAAAUACCCUCCAGAGCCCCCUGUCCCUGGAAAACACCUUCAAUGCUGGGCUUGAUGCUUCAACGGCUACUCUAUCCAUCGCCAACAAGGCUGCCAUACGUGACAUCAAGGUUGAUAAUGCCAACACUUUGACCAUUACUCUUUCUAGCCUUGACUUCAACUCAAUGGCUGAAGCUACUAGCAUUGAGUAUGCAUCUUACACUCAUGAUAUCACCAUCAACCUGAAACCAUAUACUGCCUCAGCAAAUGUUAAUAACAACCUGAACGUUCUGGCUGCCAACUUCAUUAAUGAGGCCCAGCUGCAGGCAGAGCUUUACAAGAUGGAUCUGACUGGAAACCUGAAAGCCAUCUAUGGUGAGGAAGAGAUCAAGCACACCUAUCAGGUAAACUAUGCUGAUAUGACAGCUGAUGCAAAGUGCAGCACCAUUGUAACACUUUUUGGAACUCACAUGAGCCACAACACCGAGCUUGAGGUUGUCGGUCUUGCUGCAAGGAUUACCAACGAUGCUCGCUUCAACUCACAGCCAUUCCGCUUUGAUCACACCAUCCGUUGCAGCAUUGUUCCUUUUGAUUUCAAUCUUGAUGCAAUCUUCAAUGCUAAUGGAGACAUGACCAUGUAUGGAAAGCAUAGUGCCCAGCUCUAUGGCAAGUUCCUCCUUAAAGCACAACCCCUGGCUUUUGCUAGCUCACAUGAAUGCAGAGCAUCAGUAAACCACCAGCUAGAUAACGGUUUUGCUCUUGAGACCACAUUAGACAACAAGAUGGAUACCGUUCUGUCACCCCAAGAGCAGAAGACCAGUUUUAGAAUGAAGUCUAAAUUGAAUGAACACGCUUUUAACCAAGACAUGAGUGUUUACAACACUGCUGAGAGAACUGGAAUUGAAGUUUCUGGCACUUUCCUUUCAAACAUGUUCAAUGCAGAGUCCACAGAGAACCAGGAAUUCACCAUCUCUUCCUUCCUCAAGUAUGACAAGAUCACAGAAUGUCAAAUAAUUCAGUUUCCUUUCAUUGAAACUCUCCCUGCAUUCUUGGAAAGUGUCAAGGUUGUUGUUGUGCGUGUGGCAGAGGCACUGCAAGGCUACAUCAACAAUGAGGAGAUAAAGGCUAAACUUGAGGCUCUUCCCCAGUAUGUAAGUGACUUUGUUUCUCAACUAAAUGUAGAAGGCAAGGUCACUCAGAUGAAGCAGUAUUUUGAUGAUUUAACCCAAGAAUAUGUCAUCUCCAUGGAGGACGUGGAAGCCUCUUUGACAAACCUGAAGGUUACUGUUGAGAAUCUUCUGGCUGAUCUGUCAGUUUACAUCCACCACUUUGCUGGUAUGUUGAAAGACAUUAUUGUUAGUGGCAAUCUGCCCGAGACCCUCAUCCAGAAGAUCCAGGAACAGCUGCAUGCCAUUAAUGAGGAGUAUGACAUACAGGCAAUGGUUUUGCAUGUGAUUGAUACCAUGAGGGAGCUGAUCCAGCAGAUCGACUUGGAAAAACUCACGGGCAGUAGCAUCUCAUUCCUGCAGGAUUUGGAUUCCAAAUAUGAAGUCAAGGCUAAACUACAGACAAUGAUGAGUGAUGUGAAACAAAUGAUUGAGACCUUCGACAUGCAAAAAUGUGUUGUUGAGCUGAAGGAUUACAUUUCAUCAAUCGAAUUUAAAGCUUACAUUGAUGCACUUGUGAGUCGGAUUCCUACUGAGAUUUUCAAUGAAAUUGUAUUUUCCGUUAAGGAAAUUAUUCAGGAUCUUGACAUCCUAGGAAAGAUCAACAAUUUCUAUGCCAAGGUGAGGGAGCUGAUUGUAAAGUUUGAGGUUGACAAAAAGGUCCAGGCUGUCUUGGAAAAGGCUGUUGAGUUCAUCCAUCAGUUGAAAAUUGAGGAAACAAUCAGUGCUGUAGUCAACAAGGUGAAGGACGCAGACAUUCCUGCCAAACUUGUGCAAGUCUUCCAGGAUGCCAUCAACUACUUGAAAACAACUCAGGUUGAGGAUAUCAUUCAACAGCUGAAUAUGCAUAUUGAAACUAUUGUGCAAAAGCUCAGGUCAUUGGAGUAUAAUGACUUUGUCGAUCAUGCCAAUGAAGUUAUUGCUGAGUAUACUGUUUACAUCAAUGAGCUGAUCGGGGCUCUUGAAAUCCCCCAGAAACUUGAAGCAACAAGAGACUUUGUCAACCUUGUCCUUUCAUCAUUCAGAGGAUUUAUGGAAAGCCUGAGAGAGAUCAAAGUUGCAGACAUGAUUACAUCCGUUAAAGAUGUAAUUGAUAAGUUUGUGCUGGACAUCGUUAAGCCCUUGGCUGAGUUCAUUAAAGAAGAAAUUACAAAUCUGAAUGUCAAUGCUGCGAUUACCACUUAUCUGGACUUUGUGAGCAAAUACUACACUAGGGCCAUCACCAAGGUCACUGAGGUGUUAACCAGUAUGGUUGAGAUGAUUAAGAACAUGGCACCUGAACAAAAAAUCAUCAAUGAGAUUCAGCAGAUCGUUGAGGGCCUUAUUGUUGAACUUAAGAAAGCUGAGUUGAAUAUUCCAACCUUCACCCUUCCUCUCACUGAUCUUGUUGUGCCCUCUGUAAUGCUCAGCAUGGAUAAACUUGGACAGUUUGAAAUCCCAACACAGCUUGACAUCCCGGAAUUCACUAUCUUGGGACUUUAUACCGUACAAGCAACCACUAUUUCCUUUGAGGACAUCAAGCAGAGAAUCAUUGAACUUAUUGAAUUCAUUGGACACUUUGAGAUCAAAAUGAUUGAUGUGGAUGCUUUCUUUGGAGACCUAACCAUGAACUACCUUCCUUCCAUGCCUGAGAUGUCCUUCCCAGAAAUCAGCCUUCCUGAGAUCUCAUUCCCUACCAUUCCACAGGUUCCUGUAGAAAAGCUUGUUAAGUCUCUCCAGGUUCCUGAGUUCACAUUGCCAACCAUUCCAACUCAGAUUAUGGUCCCAUGCUUCGGUAAACUCUAUGGUGAGAUCAAAUUCCAAACUCCCAUCUACACCGUCAAGACUUCUGCUGAGUUCCAGAACUCCACUGAGAGUGAAAUGACACCUCAAUUCACUGGAUUCCUUACUUCCCUUGCCACAUCUCCAAGUUUUGAGAUUCUUAAUUACAAACUAGACUCCACUGCUCGUUUGGCACUCCCAAAAAUGAGUCGUGUUGUCCUUGCAGAGACACUUAAGUUCAGCCAUGUUAAUCUUGGAGUUGAACAUCAGGCAUCUGUAACUCUCUAUGGCCAAUCAGCCCAGGCCCAGGGUAAAACUACAAUUAAGGUUAUCACUACACCUUACACAGCUGACUUUAUGAACACAGCCUUUAUUGCUAUGGAAGAAGGAAUGUCUGCAUCUCUCGAUACAACUUACAAUCAUGUUGUGGACCUCCCAAUUGUCAGGGUCAGGAGUGAAGCAACAGUUACCCAGAAAGCAGUUGCCCGCCAAGAUGGCUACAUCCUCACUCUAACAGUGGACAAUUCAGGAACUGGUAAAAUCAAUGCUGAUGAGGGCACCCACAAGAGCAACUUGCAACUGACAAUCAAUCCCAGCACUGUCACUCUAACUUUCUCCGGUGACACAGACUCUACCAUCUUAAAAAUGAAACAGCAAAUUACUGCUGAAUCUGGCACCCUUUCCUACUUCAAGUUUAAUGUCCGCAAUGAGGCAGAGGCACCAAUCAUCAAGAACAGUCUGAUGGUGGCAUCUGGACAUGUAAACCUUUAUGAUUUGAAGGCUGAGCUGAAAGUAAACCAUGACACAGAACUGUAUGGCGAAAUCAGUGGAGUCCUGUCCAAUGGAAUCAACAUUGAAGUCCGUCCUAUUGAGCUCAUCUUUGAUUUCCAAAACAAAGGAAAUGCCAAGGUCAACAUUUUUGAAAGUCUGAUUGCUAAGAUAGAUCUGCAGAAUGAUUACUCAGCCACCUUAAAACCUAACAACCAAAAGAUUAACACAGUAGCUCUGGCUCGUCUUAAUCAGUACAAAAUAUCCUACAACUACACUAUUGACAAUAAUCCACAUGAUGCUGGGAUUUUUGUUGCCAUGGAAAGUGAGGCCAAUCUUGAAUUCCUAUCAUCCCCCAUCAGCAUUCCUGAGUUUGACCUGCCAUUCGUUGACUUCCGUACACCAGAAAUCACUGAUCUGAAUGUGUAUGAGCAGACUGGAUUGAACAACAUUUUGACUACAACUGAGCAAACUGUGGAUGUGGAUGCCAAGAUUGUUUACCAUAAAAGCGAGGCUGCCCCCCUUGUUGAUAUGAUGGGUCUGAUCCAGAUUCCCUCUGUUGGUAACCUGAUCACAGAGCUGUCCGUCAAGUCUGCCAUUGUAAAUCUGAAUGUUAAUGCUGGACUUUAUGCUGAAGAAGAUCUUGUGUUCCGUCUGGGAGCUACCACAGCCUCUGUGUUUGAGGGUCUUAAAGCCAAACUCGAUGGAACCACCAGUCUAACUACCAGGAGAGGAAUCAAGUUGGCCAAUUCCCUGUCCCUUGAAAAUGCUCACAUUGAAGGCACCCAUGACAGCACCAUCAGCAUGAGUACUGAGACUUCUGAAACAGCUGUCUCUGUGUCUACUGUUGUAAAGAUUACCCUGCCAAUACUCAACCUUGAGGCAAACCAACAUUUGGUUGCAGACACCAAAACCAAUGCUGUCUCCACCUUCAGGAUGAAAGGUGAUUUCAACCUCCCUCUGAUCAAGGCUGUUGGAAAGGUAGAGGUAGACCAUAGUCUGAAGCUGGAGGGAAGCUUUUUGGAGGUUUCCAUGGAGUCAACAAACAAGGCCAACAUGGAUGGCACAGUGCUUGAGAACUAUCUCCUUUUGGGAGUCUUGGAUAAUGACUUCAAUUUGUAUCUGAAUAAUGAUGGUUUACGCUCCACCUCCAAGAUUAUUGCUGAUGCCAAGCUCAACCAAGGUACCAACAAAGUCAUUGAAAUGGAUGUAAAUGAGAAUCUUGCUGUUGAAGCCUCCCUGAGUCGUGUAUAUGCAGUGCUGAAGUAUACUGGCAACAAUGAGGCAAACUUGCUCAGUUUUAGCACCAAUGGGAAGCAUGUGGUCCAGGCUACCAUUGAUCUUGCCCCAGCUUCUUCUUUGACUGCUGAUAUUGAGAUUGAUAUGUCUCAGCCAAACACCCUGGGGGACCUCACCAUCUUUGGAAAAACUGUUGCUGAGGUGACAGCCGCCAAGCAGAAGAUCUCUACCAAUGGCAAAUUUGUGAUCCCACUGUACACCACAAACGUGGCAGCUGAAGUAGAGGGUGAUGGUCAUGUCUUCAAAGUCACCCUAAAGUCCUCUGCUACCUCUGUCAUUGUGCUGUUGGACUAUGACAUGGAUGGUUCUAUUACUGUCAACUUUGAAAAUGAAGCUCUGAACAUGGUCAGCAACGUUGUCCUGACACACGCUGACAUGAAAAUUGAUGUAAAUCAUGCCAUUAUCCAAGCCUUGAGGAGAAAGCGCCAGGCUGAUGACAGUAACUCUCACCACACCCUGAACGUGGACAUCACAAGUCCUACAUUCACUGAUGCUAACCUUCGUUACGCUGCUGGCAAAGAUGGCAUCAGUGCAUCGGUAUCUACCCCUUCAACUGGGUUCAUGGGCAUUCAGUUCAAUGGCAGAGUCCCAUCUCAGAUGAGUGCAAGAGUCUAUGGUCGUUAUCCUUCUGCCCCGGAGGAUGAUGUUGAAGUCCUAGUUAUCAGAUCAUCCUCAAUGGACGCUGAUAAGAUGAACCUGCAGAUCGCCUACAACAUGGAGGCACCCAAAGUCGUACUCUCUGAACUCAAGACCAGAAUCCCUUCCAUCAUCUCUGCAUUCACUAUGUUUGCUGACAAGUACCACAUCACAAGCAACAUGGAAGAGUUAAGGAACUCUGUUGUUAACCGCAUCAGUGAGGCCUAUGAAGCUGCAAUCAACUAUGACUCACAAAUGAGCCAGCUGUCAAUCUUCUUCAGGAACAUCAUUGUCCAGUACCAGAAGACUGUCCAGGUAUUUAUUGAUGCUGUCGUCAAGGUCUUGAGGGAAACCCAGUUCAAACUGCCUGGGUCUGAUGAGAUGACCACCCUCCCUGAAGUCCUCAAGAAGCUGACCAGCAGCAUUUCUGCUAUGCUAGAUUCUACCCUCCAGAUUAUCUAUGAAAACAUUGAAGUCUCCUUUAACGCCUUUGUUGAGAAGAUCAACAGUGUGAAAAUGCGCAUGCCAGUUGGUGAUGUAAUCACUGGAGGCCAGAUCCUGGAUCAGGUUAAAACAACUUUCAAGACCAUCUUUGACGAACUGGUGGACUUUGUGAAACAUAUGGAGAGUGUUGACACAAUGCUAGAGAAGAUUGGUGAGACCCUUAAGGCUAUUGUUGAGAAAUCUCAGGAGUUUGUUGACUCUGUCAAGUCUGACUAUUUAGAUGCAGUGUUCAUCUACAUCAAUGUCCCUUAUGUCAACUUUGUCACAGCCUUAAAGAAUGUUGUUGACCACAUCUCUGCCUUAAAUAUUGAGCAGCUCAACCACUCAAUUGAGUACAUUAUCGACAUGUUUGUUCAUGUAGUGGACCAGUUCAAUAACACUGUUAAUGGUUUCCUGCAGCAAGCUUCAGCGGACGCUCAAGCGUACAUAAAAGUUAGUGAAGGAAGGCUUGAGGUUGACCUUCCAUUUUCCUUUAAGCAUUGAGGAACCCUCACAUACUGAGUCCUAAGUCCAUAUGAAACACUAUCAUCUGUUCAAAACAUGUUCCAUGUAUGGACAAUUUACUCGUUAACCAUAUUUAUAACAAUGAGUUCAACAGUAACACCUGUUUUUCAUUUUAAGUUGGAUGGUUUGUUGUGUACAAACAUUGAAAAUGUAACAUUUUACUGAAACUUUCCUUCCUGCAAAGAAUGAAAAACAUCAAUAAAAAACAUUAAUCCAAUCUG